GCCUUAAGAACUAUCCUGACCUCACAGGCUGAAAGGCAGGAUGGGUAGAAGAUGGGUUAGGGAGGGGCUAGCCCUGACUCCGCCCUUCCCACCUUAGAGCCAUGGAGAGCCCAGGUCCUGGUGGGCCACCCCUGGUACAAGCGCCCUACACUGUUCUGCUGCUACCACUGGGGACAAGCCGCCAAGACCCAGGGGCCCAGAACUUUUUCCUCUGGCUGCAGAUGAUGCAGGCUCUGGAGAGGGAACAAGAUGCUCUGUGGCAGGGCCUGGAACUGCUGGAGCAUGGCCAAGCCUGGUUUGCAGACCGUCUGAGGGAGACACAGCAAAGGCAGCUGCAGCUGGGGGCCCUUGGAGAGGGCUUUCUGAUGGACUCACACUCAGAGGCUGACGCCCCUCGGUUAACCCAGAUUCAAAAGGUGAAUGCUUGUUUGCACAGUCUGAUUCAGAAGGAGUUGUCAAAGCAGCAGAAAGGAACCACCCAGUGCAUGGGAGAGGUGGUCAGCCAGGCUGCCCCAGGGCCAAAGGGGCCCACCCUUGUGUAAACCUUCCCCUCCCUGCACUGGUGAGUAAGGAGUGGAGCUGGAGUCAGAACCCUGCCUGCCCCGCCCAACUCCCCGCCAAUUUCAUCUUAACUCAGCAGCCAGGGGCUCCAGGCUGAGAAAUGCAGACAACUCAGCCUAAAGUGUCCACAGCACCUCCUCAAUGUCCUUUGUCCUCACUCUCCCCUACGCCAUGUACAGCAACCACCUUUCUUCAGUGUAUCUGGGGAGACGCCGUGGUCACCGUGAUCACCAAGACUCUCCUUCAGCUUGAAGCAAAACUAAGCUAAAACAGCUGCCCUGGAAUUUAAAGUGAAAACUGCACUUUCUGGUGCCCCUGCCCUGCCCUGCUUCUGGAAUAAACAGCAGCUUUCU